UGGUGCUAAGGCUUCGUUACCCACAAUGCCGCCCGUGGGCCCGCCCACGCGGCCUGGUUUCCACGCCUGGUCUGGGGUCUUCGGCCCCGGCUCUGGCGUCCCGGGCUGCGAAGUCUGAGGCCAGCAGUCCCACUCCCGCCGAGACCCGUCGCUCCGGUCCUGCCCCGAACUGCCCACGGCCCGCAGGGCUUCCAGUGAGUGCGGGGGGCGUGAAGACGCGGGUCCCGGCCGAAGCUUCGAUUUCGCGGCCCGCGCCAGCGCUGAGGUCUGUGCCGCGGACUCGGGCACUGCUCACCCUCCACCUGAGGGGGCCCUGAAAAAAACCCUCUUCCUGUGUCUGGCCAGAGGUAUAGAGACAGACAGGUUCAACUCUAAGGCCUGAAAAGGUACAAGGCCCACCGGAAGCAAUGGCCACGGUCCCUGACCUCCAGCCCCUGCCAACCUUGGAGCAGGACCUGGAACAGGAUGAGAUCUUGAUUGUGAAGGUGGAGGAGGACUUCUGCUUGGAAGAGGAGCCCUCCCUGGAGUCGGAGGACCCCAGCCCUGAGACUUUCCGCCAGCUCUUCCGGCUCUUCUGCUACCAGGAGGUGGCUGGGCCCCGGGAGGCCCUGAGCCGCCUCUGGGAACUGUGCUGCCGCUGGCUGCGGCCGGAGCUGCGCACUAAGGAGCAGAUCCUGGAGCUGCUGGUGCUGGAGCAGUUCCUGACUGUGCUGCCCGGGGAGAUCCAGGCUCGGGUGCGUGAGCAGCAGCCGGAGAGCGGUGAGGAGGCCGUGGUCCUCGUGGAAGGGCUGCAGCGGCAGCCCAGGAAAUCCAGGCAGCGGGGCUCAGAGCUGCUUUCUGAUGACGAGGUGCCCCUCAGAAUGGGGGGACAGUCCUUAAAACGCCAGGCACAGGCUCAGCCAGAGGAUCUCUCCCUGGAGAAAGAGGCUCGAUGCUCCAGCCAGCAGACCCCAGCCCAGCUGAGCCACAGGCCACAGAGGGGCCCGCUGUUGUGGCCAGAGAGGGGCCCUCCGGCCCCCCGGCAUCAGGAGAUGGCGUCAGCCUCGCCCUUCCUUUCGGCCUGGUCCCAGGCGCCCGUGAACUUGGAGGAUGUGGCUGUAUACCUUUCUGGGGAGGAGCCAGGAUGCCUGGACCCAGCUCAGCAGGACAUGCCGCUGGAGAAUGAAGGACUUGGGAUCCGGUUAGAGGAUGGCAGUGAUGGCAGGGAGAAUGCCCCAGUGAGAAUGGAGUGGUACCGAGUGCUGUCAGCGCGAUGCCAGGGGCCUGGCCACCCGCUCCCAGUUCAGAGGCCAGCCCCAGUCAGGGGCUUGGUCAGGCCUGAGCUGCCAAGAGGCGGCCCCCCGCCAGGAAGAGGGGCUUCCCAUGGGACUGACAAGCCGUACACCUGCCCCGAAUGUGGCAAAGGCUUCAGCAAGACAUCUCACUUGACCAAGCACCAGCGCACACACACGGGCGAGCGGCCUUACAAGUGCCUGGUCUGUGGGAAGGGCUUUAGUGACCGCUCCAACUUCAGCACGCACCAGAGGGUGCACACGGGCGAGAAGCCCUACCCAUGCCCCGAGUGCGGGAAGCGCUUCAGCCAGAGCUCCAGCCUGGUCAUCCACCGCAGGACACACAGUGGGGAGCGGCCCUAUGCCUGCACCCAGUGCGGGAAGCGCUUCAACAACAGCUCCCACUUCAGCGCGCACCGCCGGACGCACACAGGUGAGAAGCCCUACACCUGCCCGACCUGUGGCAGGGGCUUCCGCCGGGGCACCGACCUGCACAAGCACCAGCGGACGCACACGGGGGCAGGCUCUUUGCUGACGCUCCAGCCGGUGGCUCCUGGAGGCCCCGGGGCCAAGGCCUGAUCACCGUGCCUGAAACUCCCUUUGCCAGACUCUCGUCCCUGGGCACAGAAUUCAGGAAGCUGCCAGAGAGCCUGGUCCAAACGCAUUGCCAGCUGCCUGUUUCCUCCCAUGGCCCAGUAUGAGGCCAGCAGGGGACAUUUGGGAUGCCUGGGCCGCGGAGGAAGCUGGGCACUGGGUGCAGAGCAAGGGCAAGGAUAGAUUCUGUGAGUGUCCAGUGGCAGCCAGAACAGGUGACACAGAGCAGGGGCUUCAGCCCCAGAGACGCGCUCAGGAGGCCAGAAGCCCACACCCAAAGCGUUCCCGAAGGGCCCUGGAGGGUCUAUCAGCUGCCUCCAGCAUCCAGUGGCUGCUGGCGUACAGCCUCAUCACCGCAUCCCUACCCCUCCACUGUGUGUCUGUGACCCUGUGUGCCAUCUCUGUGUGUCCCUCCCCACCCCCCCGCCCCCACCCCCCCCCCUUUUUUUUUUUCGAGACAGGGCCUUGCUCUGUCCCCCAGGCGGGAGUACAGUGCCAUAAUCAUAGCUCACUGCAGCCUCGAACCCCUGGUCUCAAGCGAUCUUCCUGCCUCAGCCUCCUGAGUAGCUGGGGUUGCAGGUGUGUGUUGCCAUGCCCGGUCUCUGUUUGGUAGGGCCACCACUCAUGGGGUUUAGGGUCCCCCAAUCCACUGUGACCUCCUCUUAACUAAUUAAAUCGUCAAAACCCGUGUUUCCAAACAAGGUCACAUGUCUGGGUGGACAUGAAUUUGAGGGGCCCCUCUCUAGUCUGCUGCAGGGAGCCCUGCUGUACCCCAGCCUUCCCAGGACAUGGUCUCCAGCUUCUUCAUCCUGUCAGAGUUUCCAAAUGGAGCCUGGGGCUUUCCAGCAUUCCUGUCCCCUUUGCAGAUCCAUGGCUGCUCUGCAGGGUGGAAGGCACCUGGCUUGGGGAAGCACCCCUGAGUUCCAUCUUCCUGACCUGUCGCCAGGGAUGUGACGGGCCUGACACCUCCCCAGGGCGGGGACGCAGGGCUGCCUUUGCUGCUCACCCCUUAGUGUCUGGGAUGUGGCCUUCCAUGGUCGCCCCACUUUGUCUUUCUAAGGUAAGAAGCCUUCACCUUCCAGCUUUUGUGUGGCCUGUGCUGUGUGGGAACUGCUGGUCUGUACACGUCCACGGUGGGUGAGUGGCCGAGAGGAGCAGUGUCAUAGGGUCCUUGGUGGGUUUAGUCAUUUCGGAAGUUGUAGGGCAGCUGUGGAAACCACUGGGUUCUGGAAUGUUCUAGCUAGGCAGUGGUUGUUCCUCAUGGGUAGGUGGCCUUGGCCCUCAUCCCAGCCCGGGAUGCUCCGUUCCAUUGGUCACCUAGUCACUGUGUAUACAUGCACAUUUGACCUUUCGGCACAGCCCAGGUUCUAGGUGUGUGACCUGCCCUUUCCUCAUUCCCUUAACUGACAUGAUUUAGUGUAAGAGGCCGGGCACAGUGGCUCCCGCCUAUAAUCCCAGCACUUUGGGAGGCCAAGGUGGGUGGAUUGCUCGAGCCCAGGAGUUCGAGAGCAGCCUGGGCAACAUAGAAAGACCUUGUCUCUACCAAAAAAAAAAAAAAAAAAAAAAAAGCCUGGCUCAGUGGCUGGCGCCUGUAAUCCCAGCACUUUGGGAGGCCGAGGCAGGUGGAUCAUGAGGUCAGGAGAUCGAGACCAUCCUGGCUAACGUGGUGAAACCCCAUCUCUACUAAAAAUAGGAAAAUUUUCUGGGCAUGGUGGUACGUGCCUAUAGUCCCAGCUAGUCGGGAGGCUGAGGCAAGAGAAUCACUUGAACCAGGGAGGCAGAGGUUACAGUGAGCCAAGAUUGCACCACUGCACUCCAGCUUGGUGACAGAAUGAGACUCCACACACACAAAAAUUAACCAGGCAUGAUGGGGUGUGCCUGUAGUCCCAGCUACUUGGGAGGCUGAGGCUGGAGGAUCACUUGAGCCCAGGAAGUUGAGGCUGCAGUGAGCUGUGAUUGCACCACUGCACUCACCCUGGACGACAGAGUGAGCCCCUGUCUCAGAUAAAAAAUAUAUAUAUAUUUUUAAGUCAGUGUUUCUGGCCUCUCUGUGCUCUGUCCUGUGUCUGCAGAAUGGGGCUGCCUGGUUGAGGGACGGCUUUUACCUUAUAUACCAGCUCUGAGAUCUCUCAUGGGGCAUAAGGUACCCAGCCAGAUAUGGCCAGGCCACCCUCCAGGAGCUAGCAAAGCACCCAGCGUUGCUGAUACCUGUCUCCCCAGCACAGCCUGAGCACCCAGGCCCCUCUCUUAUAUCCAGGCCUGUGCCGGAGGUGGCGGCCUGGGGGGAUGUGUGGUUGGUGUGUGCCCACUUCCCUCCCCGUGCCGAGGCUGUAGCCUCCCGCUGGCUCAGUGGGUUCCUGCCUGUGGCUUGUCCCCAUCUCAUGGGCGUCAUCCUCAGUGCUCACGUUACGGGGGAGUUUUGCAGGAGCUGUGAGUCCCAGGUGCCUGUGUGUGCUGUGAUGUUAUCUCAUGCAGUCCAGUGGGGGCACUCCCAUGAUUCUCCCUUUUGCUUUGUUUUGAGACGGAGUCUAGCUUCAUUACCCAGGCUGGAGUACAGUGGCACGAUCUCGGCUCACCACAACCUCCACCUCCCAGGUUCAAGUGAUUCUCCUGCCUCAGCCUCCUGAGUAGCUGGGACUACAGGCAUGCACCACUAUGCCCUGCUAAUUUUUGUAUUUUAGUAGAGACGGGGGUUUCUCCUUGUUGGUCAGGCUGGUCUUGAACUCCUGACCUCAUGAUCCACCCACCUCAGCCUCCCAAAGUGCUGGGAUUACAGGCGUGAGCCACUGCACCCGGCCAUGAUUCUCCUUCUUUGGGUGGAGGAACCGGGUCACUGGGAGCAUGAAAACCUUGCCCAGGUGGCAGAGCCAGCUUUGGACUCAAGUCUGACUUCUUGCUUCACUCCCCUUGCCUUGACAGACACAGUAAUUCACAGAGUUGAACUUGGAACAGAGUUUAUUUUCCAUCACUGUAAAACAUUCUCAGUGAGGUUACUGGCAUUAAAAAGGUGGGGGAAAUGGAAGAAAAUGAGGUUGAAGAAAAAAAAGCCUUUGCUCUUGACAGCUAGGCAACCACAGCAGAGGCGAGGGCAGAGUAUGGGGCAGAGGCCUGUUCUGGGUGCACAUGUCCCGGAGUGGAGGGCAGAGGAGGGUCUCUGUAGGUGGGAGAGGGCCUGGGGGCUGGGAGGCAGCCUGGCCUUGUGCCCUGCAGGAGGAACCUCCUGGAACUUUAUGGAAGCCUGUCUUGCCUUUGACUUGUAACGAAAACACCCCUCAUCAUUGGGAGUGGGGUUGGGUGGGGAUCCCCAGUGGCCCCCACAGAUCACAUGGGGUCUGGAGAGCAGACGUCUGUGGCCCUGAUCUUGGCGGCCAGUGACCAGAGCCAGGCAGGGCCUGUCUUUUGCCUGGCACAAGGCUUGAUGCAGAGAGACCCCUGCCCAUCCUUGGCGACAUGGCAGCCAGGGGUGAACCCCAGGAGAAGUUGGGACACUGGCCCAAAGGCCUGGCACCCUGCUGUGCUGCCUGAGCCCAUGGCGCUGUGGGGUCUGAAGUGAUGAUUUCUCUGUUCUUCCCAUGGGGUGGGCAGCGGGACACAUCCUGGAGACAAGGUUGGGGAGACACACAGGUGGCCAGGCCAGGACUGAUCAUAGCAGUUGCAAAAGCAUUCUGUGAAGACUGGGCUGCAGGACAGUGCUGACAAAGGAACAGGACCCAGGAAGACCAGGCAUGUCCUGUGGAGGGACCAGGUCUUGGCAAGGGGCAAGCAGCUGUCCCCAGCUCUUGAUGGUGAUCAACAAGUGAGGCUGCUGCUCCAUUCUCCACGGAACAGCAUUUCCAGGGGUUUCCAGUAUUCUGUCUAGAUUCAUAAAGGCCAAAGGCCUUGAGAAUCUAUGUAUGCCUUUCUAUCUUAGGUAAAGAAGAGAAAGAGAAA